UGUUCAAAUCACUCUCUUUAAAAGACUUCCCUACACUUCCUCACAUUUCCAUUCAAAAAACCCACCUCUGCCUUUUCUCCCAUCUCUACAUUCCCAGUCUGAGCCAUACCUCUCCUUAGCAGCAUUGUGCUUUUAAUUCUCUAUCAAGUAACAGCCACAAUCUGUCCCGCUACAAUACUUUUUUAUAGAGAUGUCCACUUCAAUAGCCUUGGAUAAACCUUUUGGAUAUGAACCUGUUCAAACUCAAGCAGGUUUUGCUCUGCUUCUGAGAAACACAUCCCCUUCUCAGUCUGGUGAAAGGAGAGGCAGAAGAAAGCAGGCAGAACCAGGGAGGUAUCUUGGAGUGAGGAGGCGGCCUUGGGGUAGAUAUGCUGCUGAAAUCAGAGACCCAACAACAAAAGAAAGGCACUGGCUUGGAACAUUUGAUACAGCUCAAGAAGCUGCUCUUGCUUAUGAUAGAGCUGCACUUUCCAUGAAAGGAACCCAAGCAAGAACAAACUUCAUAUACUCUGACAACACUACUUUCCAUUCCCUUCUUACUCCUUUUGGUGUCCAAUCCAUUUCACCAACUUCUCAGUUUCUUACCAGCUCGCAACCCAAACAAGCAACCAAUCACAACAGUGAACCUCAGCCUGACAUUUCCCACGGUAAAACCCCCACCCAACCAAAUAAUAAUGACCCAUCAUCAUCACCUGAUGAAAUUCCAUGCGGGUCAGUUGAUAAUAAUAGUUUCUUUUUCUCUAGUGAUAGUAACUCAGGUUACUUGGCCUGCAUAGUUCCUGAUAACUGCUUGAAGCCUCCUUGCACUCCAGCCAGCUCACUUGUUUCAAACUUCUGCUCCAUGAACCAAAACUCCCAUGAAAACCAAUCACAUUGUAAUAACUAUGCUCUUCCUCUGGACAUAACAGACUUGCCCAAGUCUAGCAACAUUGAGUUUCCGGGUUUUGAUGAACUGAAUCAGGGUUUUUGGAGUGACCAACAAUCAUGGGAAAUGAACUCCAAUGAACUCUCAGCUAUAAUCAACCCCCCAUUGAUGGUUGAAGAUGGGUGCAUGGGAGCCUUUUAUCCCUACAAUGGCAAUCCUAGCAACUACAGCAUGAUCAUUUCUCAAGCCACUUCUUCAAUAACUAGUUCUCCUUCAGUGCCUCCUUUUGGUGAUGUAGUCGACUUGGGGUAUUCACUCUUCUAAGUUCUAGCUUUCUACAGCACUCUAUCAUCUAUCAGUAGGGAAGUAUUGGUGCUGUGCUUGUUCCCACCUGCAUGCAAUUUGUUAUCAUCUAGUGUCGUUUUCAGUUUUAUUUCAACUCUCUUAUUCACUGUAACUAAACAUUUUAUUUAGUUUUUCCUCAUUUGAGGUUGAAAGAGAGUCCAGGAAUGUCCACCUUUGCCAAUUUGAAUGAAAAUGUUUUGAAAAACAGCUUUAAGCAAGGUCUUUUUUUUUAUUAUUAUUCAGGAAACAUGAUCAUUAACAUGAUGCAUUUGAUAGCGGCUUGUCAUGCAGCUCGACUUUAAGUAGAAAUCAAUUAAUAUGGACUGCAUGAUUCUGUCUUUUUGCAGCUACUUGCUCUACUUUUUCUCAACAACCCUAGCUCUUAUACAAAAUGCAAUAAAACACAUAGGUCUCCAGGAUGGAUUCAUUCACCAUUAAUGUAAUGUUCACAGCUUUUAUCUUAAUUAAUACUUUGUGAUUUUAUAUAUGGUUGACUAUCACCUGUCAGAUUAUGUUGCAUUUUUAUGUUUUCUUACAAAACUCAAACUUGGUGAGCGUAUAGUUUUUUACAGAAUCCAUUACUGCCAACAUUAUGGGAGGGAGAAAGAAAUCUGGAGCACUUAGAACCACAAAUGUCAGAAAGUGGAAAAAAGUAUUGGCUAAUUA